CCGCCUUGCGGAUAGCCGCAUUCCGCCGUCUCCUCCGCAGCUUCUGCCGGAGCCUCCUGCCACCUCCAGUUCCUGAGGCUGCCGAGGGGCAACCCCGGGCUCCCCACCUGGGUAGGGGGCGAAGGGGUGGAGUGGGGAGAGAGGGAGAGAGGCGGAGCGGGGGCCGGCGGAGCCCUCCUGCCCCGGGCCCCACCGCCCUUGGGCGGCGGCGGGAGGCGGCGCCUGAGGGGGAAGCGGGAGCGGAGCGGGGCUGUGCCGGGCCGGGCGGCGGCGGGGCUCGGCGGUGGGGCUCCCCGGCAGCGGCGGGGCUCCCCGGCAGCAUGGGCGGCUCUGCCUCCAGCCCGCUGGACGAAAGCAAGUGCACCUACAUCCGAGGAAAAACAGAGGCCAUCAUCAAAAACUUCAGCCCCCAUUACAGACGCCAGUAUGCAGUGGCUUUCUGCAAGCAUGUGCAGGAUGAGCUGGAGCAGCAUCGGGAUUCCCAGUCCCGGUUCCUGAAAACCAAGCCCCCGGCGGAAGCUGGGACCGUCUUAUAUGAGGCAGAGCUGCUGCAUUUUGCUGAGGAUCUGAAGAAGUGGAAGGACAGAUAUGUCGUUAUCAAAAAUGACUACAGUGUGGAUUGCUUUGAGACUAAAGAGGCCUACCAGAAAGGAGCCAGCCCUAAAUAUCAUGUUCUUCCUGCAGGAGGCAAAGUACUGACUUCAGAAGAAGAUUACAAUUUGCUGUCUGAUAAACAUUUUCCAGAUCCUAUUGGGUCAAGUGAGAAGGAGGUCGCUCAAGCCUUUGUUCAGCUUCCAAAGGAGUUCCCGGUUUACCUGUGGCAGCCCUUCGCCCGACACAGCUACUAUUGCUUUCCAGAGCCAGAAGCUCAAAGGCAGUUCAGCACCAUGCUGGGAGACUGCGUGAGACACUCAAACCACGAUUUUCUCAAGCAGACCACUUAUGAAGUGGAGGCAUUCUUAGAAGCCAUUCAGUUCUUCCGGCAAGAGAAAGGCCACUAUGGAACAUGGGAGAUGAUAACCGGCAAUGAAAAAGAGAUCCUGAGCAACCUUGUGAUGGAAGAACUCCUGCCUAACCUUCAGACGAUGAUUCUGCCUAAAAUGAAAGGAAAAAGGAACGACAGGAAGCGGGCCUGGUUUGGUAUUGUAGAAGAAACUUACAGUUUAGUCCAGCAACAGGUGUCAGAAGGAUUAAGUACCUUGAAAGAAGAAUGCAGAGAUUUUGCAAAAACUCUUGAAGGAACCAUUCGCUCAGACAUGGAUCAGAUUCUGAACUCCAAGAACUUCUUAGCUGGGAAAAUCAAAGCCACUGUUUCUGAGCCUGCCCAGAGGUGCUGCACAGAAAAUAUCCAGCCCUUUCUUGCAUCCAUAUUGGAGGAGCUCAUGGGUCCGGUGAGUUCCGGGUUCACUGAAGUCCGCUCACUUUUUGAUAAAGAAGUUAAUGAAAUCAUCCAGGACUUCCAGAAGACAAAUGAUAUCAUGAAGCUAAAGGAGAAUGUGGAUCAGCUUAUGAAGCUACCAUUCAACUCUGUGAAAAUGGAGCCCUGCUAUCUGAAGGUGAACCUCCUCCAGGAGCUCCUUCAAGACCUCAAGAAUCGCUUCAAGGUCUAUCACAUUGACUUUGUGAUUCAGAGGACACAGAACUUCAUGCAAGAGCUGAUGGAAAAUGCAGUUUAUACUUUUGAGCAGUUGUUCUCUCCAAGCCGCCAGGCAGACUCAGCAAAAGUUGCAACAACCAUUGAAAAAGUCAAGCUGAGAGUACUGAAGCAAUAUGAUUAUGACAGCAGCACUAUCCGGAAGAAGAUAUUUCAAGAAGCACUGGUACAGAUCACUUUGCCCACAAUGCAAAAGUCACUGGCUUCAACAUGCAAACCAGAGCUGCAGAAGUACGAGCAGUUUAUUUUUGCUGAUUACACUAGCGUAAUCCAAGUAGAGAAUGUGUAUGAAGAGAUUUUAUAUCAGACAGUGCUUGAAGAAGCCCUGAAAGUGAUAAAAGAAGCUGCCAUUAUGAAGAAGCACAACCUCUUUGAAGAUAACUUGAAUUUGCCCUGUGAAAGCGUGUCCAGCUUAACGGACCUCAAGACCCCUUCAGGAUCAGCACAAACCACUCCCGCGAAGAAGCCUUCCGCCACCCGAGCCGAGACGUCAGACCCUGAAACUCAAAGUGAUGAAACACUCAUUGUGACGGAAAAAAUUUCUUGGGAGAAGGAUGCUGAUGAUAGAAAGUCAUCAGGCAAAGAGGCAGUCACUUCUGUUAACACAGCAAGGAAAAGUGAAGAAGUGGUCAGUACAGACAUUGCUGAAAUACAGGAAUCCCUUACAGCUACCUUUAAAAAACAAGAGGUUGCAGAGGAAAAAAUCAUUUUGGAGAAUGAGGACACAGUGAAAGCAGAGUGUGCAGUAAACACUGAAAAAGAGCUUAAGACACAACGAGAAGCCGUGGAGGAAGAAGUGUCUCAUGGGACUGAAACUGCAGUGAAAGAUUUUGGAGCCAGUGCUAAAAAGGACUUUAAGGUACGUGAAGGAGCAGUGGAGGAAAAGGUGACUUCUGAGAGUCGAUCAGCAACGGAUGCUGUGUUCAUCAGUGGCACUGAAAAAGAAAGCAAAGCACAGGAAGAAGUUGCAGAGAUAAAACUGACUUGCCCACAUGAUAAUGUAGCAGAAGCAGAGAUUUUAGGGAAUGCAGGAAAGAGAAUCAGCGUGGAAAAAGAAUUAUCUCAGAGUGAAUAUGUGGUAGGAACAGGGUCUAAAGAGGACAGUAAGAAAGAAAGCAAGGGCCAAGGAGUAAGUACUGAGACAAGGGUUAUUUCCCAGGAUGAAAACACAGGGAAAGGAGUGUUUGGGGAUAAUGCUGAAAAAGAAAGCAAGUCAGAAAAGAGUUGUAAAUCCCCUGAUGAUGUGAAUGAGAUAAGGAGUUUGCUGAUGGUAACAGUUGAGAUACCAGCAGGUACUCAGGCUGAGAACAUAAAGGAGAUUUGUGAAAGUGAGAUAUUAAAGUUGCAGGAGCAUGAUAAAAGGAUCGACAAGUUGAGCGAAAUGGCUGCAGCAGAAAUUCAAGUGAGCCAGGCGACGGUGAAUAAAGAUGCAGCAGAAUGUGCAGAGUUCAAGGAGGACCGGCCAUCUUCAUCUAGUUUGGGGACAGAUGGUAUGAAUUUAGAGAAUGUGUCCCAGGCGGCCUGCCGUAUGGCAGAAGCAGAGUGGCUGGUAGAAAACUCAGGCACUCCUCAGGAAGCAAAGGCAGGGGUGGAUAUCAAGCAGAGCGUUUGGUACACAGAUGUGGGAAGCCUCCGAAAUGAUAGAUUGCAGCCAGAGGAACACACUGAAAAUGUGUCUGAAGGCAAAAUAUUAGAUGGGGAGGAAGGAGGAGCAGGGAAUAGCUGUGCUGUCCUGGUGGAGGUAGGGACUGAGAGCUUUUUUCAUAAUCCUGCAGACACAACACAAGUGCCCGUUCUGGAUACAGAAAACCCAAGAACAGGACUGCUAGACCUGCCAGUUUCUUCAGUGCCAGAGCAGGGUGAGGUUAGCACCAUAGAGGUCACAGGAGAUAGAGAGGCUGGUGGGUAUGAAGAGAAGCCAGAAGAUGAAUCAUCUUCACACACAGAAAUAAAAAGCACAGAAGGAAAAGAUAUUUUCACAGAAGAAAACAGAGAAGAUUAUGCACAGCAAAACUCUGAAGAGUAAGAAGUGUUCUUCAGCCCAGCCCUGCAGGAUUUAUUUACUCCAUUCAUCCCUGUUUAAUUGUGAAUACUUAACUUGGGUCAGGGCUAGAGGAAAUGGGCUUUGUUGUGGUAUCACCAGCUCUUGCAGCUUUAGCACAGAUCCCUUCCUGAGUGAUGGCUGAUAGGUUUCUUUUCAGUUAAAGCCCUCACUGUUUAAAACCAGGCUACUGUUGGGGAACCUCAUCUUUCACUUAAAUUUUUCUACCUUUUAUGGUUAUAGAAAAAGUCUGAAGAUGUGACCACUGAAUGCUUCAAAAGCAACUCACCCCCAACUAGAAAGUCAUUUUAACAAUUUAACUGUUCUUAGUGGUUUUGGCAGGGCGGUAGCUCGUGAUUUUUAAAUGCAUGGAUUUGACAAGUACUGCUAUGAUUCUUAAGGGGUUGGUACAUACAUUGCUAUUCGAGGAGGCUUUUAGUAUUUGCAUGCAGUAUAUGGGAAAUAAAUAAAACUUUCAGUAGUUCAACAGAACCAAAUAGUUAAUUUAGUAGGUUGCUCAAAAGCCACACUUUAUGUAAACUCUGCAAACUGAUUACUUAAUUAUUUUAAAGUUGUGGCAGAUAUUAAAGAAAAGCAAGUGUUCUGAUUUUUUUUCUCUUAUUGCUGUAUUUAAAAUGGGGAAAAUAUGGGAGCAGGUUUCUCAGUCCCACUCUGCACUUCUGGGUUAUAUAGCCUUCCAGAGCACUUUAUGGCUAUUUUAUUUUGUUUUGUUUUAUGGAAGGGAAAGAUGAGAAUGUUUACAAUAACUAUAACCAUUAGGCAGCAUCCUUCUGUUUUACUUCCCACUAUAAAAUAUAUUCACUUACAGCUAUCUAAUAAAGAAUAUUAAAAGCCCUGACAUUCUCAUUCUUACUGACUUGAGUUACCCAGUUCUCUAGGCCUUUUUAGGUGCAUAAACUAUGUCAUAAAUUGCAGUCAUUGAAAAUAUUAUAAUCAUCGCAUAGGAUUUCUAGUACAGAUGUUAACUGAGGCAAAAAGCAGCCAAACAUUGUGCUUAGACUUGGCAGAAUCACGUUUCCAAAGCAUUAAUUAAAAUGAGACCUGUUGCUUUCAUAGCCAGCAUAUUAUCAUCUCUGUCAAAUCAUGAUCUAUGCCAAAAGUUGCUUAUAUGCAUUAUUUGUAUGCACAAUUUAAAGACUGUGCACAGUAAAGCUUGGAAAUGAAAAACAGCAUUUUAAUAAAUUGGGCUUUAGAGAUCAAGACCUCACUUUAGAGGUCACUUUUAAGGCACCUUAAAAAUUUGGACUGGUGUUUUAGACUGUUUCUAAAUAAAUAUAAUACAGUACAGGGCAGCAAAGAUUAAUGAUAAAUACUAGUAAGUAGAAGUUAAGUACAGUAAGGACUGCAGGAUUUAUGCCUAUAAAGAUAUGGGAAGAAAUAACAAAGUCCCGAGAACAUAAUACUUGUUGGCAUUUAACUUCAACAAACUGUGCAAAGUCUAUUAUUUAUGCUCUCAAAAUAUGCUAUAAUACUAAUAGAAUUGACACUAGAGGAACAGGCAAAUAUUACUGCAUACAUAAGGAACAUUGUUGAGUAACUGGACCAACCGCAAUGUCGCUAUUGUAAAAUAAAUGAAACUCCUACUUUUCCAGAAGCCGUAUUGCGGUAUACAGACAUUAAGGUCACAGAUGUUUUCCUUGCAAAAGGACUUUGACUCAUUUCCUCCUUAUAUUUUUUCGUGCAAAAAUACUAAUUUGUAAACACACAAACCACUGUCAGCCAAUUUUUUUACAAAUCAUUAGUUCUUUCAGUGAGCUACUUUUUUUUUUUUUUUACAAAUCAUUAGCUAUUUCUUAUUGGUACUGAACGUUAAGUGACUUCAGAUUUAUAAUGUGCUUUACAGUUAAGCAGCAGCAGUCUCUUGUAGCCAUGCUAAAAUUAGGGGACUUUUUUGGAUACAGUGUUUUGUAUGAAAGAGGACAAGGAGGACAGCAACGGUUACUGUCUGUGAAAAAGGCUGCAGCCUCCUACAAAUUAGAUGCAUGUGCACAGAAAGUAUUUAGCAUAAACAUUCCCACCACAGUAAGUUUUGAAUUAUUUCUGUGGCAGUCUUAAAUCUGGGUAGUAUUUUCCUGUAAUAUUAAAGAACUGAGUUGUUGAAUUCAGAUGGUCAGCAUAUUUGUUUUUUAUAAGUAGGAUGGGAAAGAAUGGGGAACAUUUAGCCUGUACAUCACCUAGUUCUUCAAUUUAAGUUCCUCAUGGCUAGGGGACUGGGUUUUUUGCCUUUGUGGAUACCUUCUGUACAUUCAGAUGUUUGCAAAUGGGUAGAGGGUAGUAUUGUUCUUGUCUUUAAUCAGACUUGGGUAGAGGUGACAGCGAUUUAGAGGUCAGCAUCUGCAAGGUUACCUUGGAACAACUGAUCAAAAAUAAUAAGCCACCGAGUCACUAAUUUUUGCCACUUUCUUGGUAUUUCCUUCACUUACCUGGGAUGAAUUAUUUGUCUUGUUAACUAGGAAUAAUAAUACAUCACGUUUCACCACGUGGAGGGCUGCGGGUUAGAAGCACAGCAGUGCCUUCAGGGGAACGGGCCAGGAUGGGGUGUGUUACCCGUUUUAUUUCAUGGGAUUGACAAUUUUAAAGGACGGGGUAUGAAACACAUUGUAUCUUGCGUAUAACUUUGUAAAAAUGCUUGUCGGGGGAAAUAAAAAGCAGCUCAUCCCUUCCA